CGAAAACUCCCUGCUUUCUUUCAUUAGACCGUUGCGAUAUCAACUUCCAUAUCCUCUCUGCUCUCUCGCACGCCUCCGAGAGAAAAAAAAAAAAAAAACUCAAACGUUAGGGGAGCGAGCUAGACAAGGAACAAACAUCCAAACAUGGGGGGGACCGACGAAUCCGUGUCGCUAUUCUCCGCUCUCGACCCCAAGUCUCUGCUGUUAUCGCAGUUUUCCAGCGCCGAUCACCCCCAGUUUCUGCAGCUCACGACGGAGGGCUUUCUUCUCGAGCGAGGGCCCCGAUACAAGGCCUACGCCGAUCUCCGGGAAUCGAAGCUCAGAAUGAAACACAUGAAGCCGCCCGUAUCGGAGGAGGAGGAGUUAAUCUUGACUCCUCCGAAGAAACAGGUGAAAUUUCAGGGGAGUAUGGCCACGCCCCCGAGGAGAUCGAAGGGGGCGUCUGUUUUGGCCCAGUCGGUUCCGGAUUUCUCGUACGCGUUGAGGAAGGAGAACCGGAAGCCGCCGGCGCCGCUGCCGCCGGUGAUGGAGAAGUCGGCGACGCCUCCGCCGCCGGGGAUGAAAAGCGGGAGGUUUGUUGGGGGCGUGGGGAGUAAAUCGUUGAACUCAGGGGAUAAGAGGAGUGGAGGGUUGAUGAGUAGGAAGAGCUAUGCGAAUUUGGAGGAGUUUAAGGGGUUGGCUUCUGCUGCUCGGAACGCCAUUAAUGGAGACAAUAGGGCUGGGAAUGGAAGAAGGGGUGGCACUGGCAAGACUGUUUUAGGCUACAGACAGCUCUGAAUCUUGAGAUUUUCUUGAAAAACAAAAUUGGGUUUUUCUGUGAUUCUUUUUCCUUGUGAGGUUUUAAAUUUUUUGAUUUUUUUUUUAAAUUUUUAUUUCAUUACCUCAGAAAUUGGUUCUUCUAUACAAAUUUCCAUUAUGUAUAGAGCAGAGGAUUUGCCUUUUCUGGUUUCAAUAUGCUCUUUUUCUGGAUGUUCAAUAUUGAAAUGCUUAAUAAAUUCCCAGUUUUCACUUUUAUGGAUUUAAA